AUUUAUAUAAUUUUAUAUUUGAGUGUGAGGCAGCCAUUUAUGAAUCUCGCCAUAACCUCCGAAAAAAUCAAAGAUGGAAGCGACGCCAUUGUUUUCCUCCGUUGGCCUGCCUGCUUGCUCUUCGUCUUCUUAUUCUUCACGUUUCCAAGUUGUUGGCUGCCAAGAUGUGAAUCUUCUCAGGAAGAUUGGUGGCUGCCAAGGACGUUUGCGUGGCAUUUGUAGCAGCGGCAGAGGUUGGAAAGGAGGGGCAAAAGCUGCAGUGAGAAGGAAUGCAGAGGCACAAGGAGUUCCGACUUCGGUGCCGGUAAGAGUGGCGCACGAGCUUUUUCUAGCUGGCCAUCGAUAUUUGGAUGUCAGGACUCCUGAAGAGUUCAGUGCAGGUCAUGCCUCUGGGGCCAUUAACGUUCCUUACAUGUACAGAGUUGGAUCAGGGAUGACUAAGAACACCAACUUCUUGGACCAAGUCUCAUCGCAUUUUGGGAAAUAUGAUGAAAUCAUUGUCGGGUGCCAGCUGGGGAAAAGAUCUCUCAUGGCUGCUGCUGAUCUUUUAGCUGCUGGGUUUACCUCUGUCACUGACAUAGCUGGUGGGUAUGCUGCCUGGACGCAGAAUGGGCUUCCAACGGAGCAGUGACUUCUGACUCAGCCUCAAUGCUGGUAAAACACAAAUAUGCCUACUUAUAUCCCAGUAAAUAUGCCGAUCCUCGCUUUGUAAAGCUUCAAUAAGUAAAUAAAAUACCCCUUUUACGAAUUUAGGUGGCUGCUGUUGAUUGGAGCAACAUGCCAAUCCUCGCUUUGUAAAACUUUCAAUCGAUAAAUAAAUACGCCUUUCACGAA